AUAUAUAUAUACUUAUAUAUACACACAAGAGACAAAACAAACAUCGACAGUAAAUCGUUAACUUUUUCAGGUGCGGCGGUGAUAUGCUACCAGUGCAACAGUGAGUACGACCCGAGAUGCGGCGACCCCUUCGACCCUUACAGCCUUGGCACGGUCAACUGCAGCUUUCAACCGCGGCUGGAGCACCUCAACAGCGUCGAGCCCACCCUCUGCAGGAAAAUCUCGCAAAAAGUGUACGGGAAAGACCGCGUGGUGCGGGGUUGUGGAUUUUUGGAGGACGCCAUGGCCGACAACAAGGACUGCCUGAGGAGAAGCGGUACCCACGAUGUAAAGGCGCUCUACUGCUCGUGCGACACCGAUCUUUGCAACGGCGCCGAGUCGACGCUGAGUACCACGGGCACGGUUCGGCGGAUUGGCCUCGUCGCGCUGCUAUGCUUCGGAGCCAUGGUUCUCGCGCCGAGGACGACGACCCUGCCAUAGGGACCGCUUUUUCGACUCGCCGUUGCCUAGAUGGAGGAGGAGAAGGAGGAGGAGGUUGCCAGCCAAGUAUCGCAGCCUGCGCCGCUACGCAAACAGUAACCCGAGAAAAGAGUCUCUGCGGAAUCGCUCGUCGACCUAACCACGGUGACGACAAGUACUGCACCAGCCGGAAGAAACGGGGAGCGAGCUAAUAACGAAAGGGACCGGCGGUACACUCCUACCGGCGUUUCACUCGCGGUAUCACAGUAUUAACAUCCGAAGGGAGGAAUGAAGCGUAUCAAGGGGAUAUUAGACGAGGUCUCGAGAUUAUUGGGAAUCAUCGCCGCUCUGGUUUCAGUUUCUCGUAUCAUUUUUUUUUUUUUUUUUUCCUUCCAUUGCUAUUUUUUUCCCGCUAUCCCCCCACCGCGUCUUGAUUACGUUCUUAGCACGGCGCCGACUGCCUGCAGAUUAUUGCGUCAAUAAAUAAUAUACGUAUAUAUACAUAGUUAGUUUAAUAAAGAUGAUGUUAAUAAAUUAGUUGCGUUAAACGGAGACGUAGUGUAAGAGAGGAUUUUUAUAGAUUCGCGAUGUUCAAGUUGAUGGAAUUGGUUGUACCUACACGACGUCGUCGUCGCGGUUGGCUUCUUCCAACUGAAUCUACUGCUGCAAGCAUGCAGUAACGACAAGGCGUUGUAGGACAAAACGAAAAUUACGUCCGUGGAAAAUGAUUCCUUGUGUUACAAGAAAAAAAAAAAAAAAAAAAAAAUUAUGAUGAAAGAUGUAACAGUAGCGAGCUUACAAUGAUUAUUUCGUGCCCAGAAGCGCCGGCAACCAAUGGAAAAUAAUCGCGGGCCUUUAUUAGCCGUUUUUGAAAUCUCGCAAGCGUGAGCGACCACUGUUGACGAAUAACAAUGAAAAAAUUAACAAAAAAACUUUUAAAAUGAUGAAAAAAAGUGUUAAAAAAGGGCUAUUUUGCAAGAGUUUGUGCACGGGGAAAAAAAAAACCACAGUAAUUUUUAGGGUAAUACUGGGACACAGGAAUUUUCACGGUAAAACUAUGGUGAAAAUUAGACAGCAACUGGCGUGGUACUCCAACAUUACCGUAGUUUCACGGUGAAAAUGACUGUAGGAGACGAUGAAGACUAGAAGUGAGGAAAAAAUCGCGUCCUUUAUCUGAAAGUUUCACAUAGGGAAUUGAACAGGACUUUUUUUCAACUAAAUGAUAAAACCUAGCGUGUAAGAGAGAAAUUGGCUGUUUUUUCGCGAGUUGAAGUUGAAAAAAAAUAUAUAACGUAACGUUUGAUAAUUAACAAACUGUCUCUGGCUCGGUUAGACGAGAAUGACUUUUUGAUACACAUCCUACGUGUAAUGAUUGUUAUUUUGGAAGCUUUAUUUAGUCGCAUAGUUUCAUCGUUUAAGAAAAAUAAUAAAUUUUUGCAGGGUUUAUAAAUUUCACGUAAAAUUAAAAAUUCUGGAAAAAAAAGUUGUAUGAAAUUAUAUUUGAAAAACGCAGAUCACUGCUAGCCCAUAGCUGUCAGCCAAAUACGCAGAUGCGCGCGCUUAGUUUGUACUUAAUUAAUACACCGUUAUAUUAUAUUUCAAGACUCGGAAUAGGAGAGACAAAAAUUUAAGAUAAAUACACGCAAGGAUUUGCAAUAAUGUUUAAAAAUUUGUGAAAAAAAAGCAGCGGCUGAAUAAUUUGAGCGUCAUUACAAAACGUUACAAGUGAUGUAAAAAAUAAAACAGAAUAAAUUAAAAUAAAAUUAGUAAAUAAAAGAAUAAUCAGUGAAAAUUUAUUGGCGAGAGUGUAAUUCACUUUUUUCGGUGGCAGUGAAGUAUUUAGAAGUUCCUUGUUCUAAAGAUUAAAAAAAAUAGAUGAGUCAGCAAAGUAGAGUAAUAAUAGGAAAGGCAAAAAAAUCCAGAAUGGCUCGGCCAAUAAUCAGUGUGGAGACAAAUUUGUGAAAAA